AUGUUUCUAGAAGUCAUUUUACUGUUGGGAGUCUCUGGCCUGGGCUCCGGGGCCAUCCAGCGCCCGGACUACGACGACACCCCCCACCCCGAGUUCCUGAACCCCUCAUGGAUGUCCCACCUCCCUGACGACCAGCCGCUGUCUGAGGUCACCAUGCCCGGCACCCACAACACCAUGGCCCUGUUCGGGGGGGUCUACGCCGAGUGCCAGACCUGGACCCUGGCCUCGCAGCUCCGGGCCGGCGUGCGCUUCCUGGACAUCCGAGUUCGUCACGUUCGGGGCAACCUCACCCUUCACCACGGCGUGUCGUACCAGCGGGCGCACUUUGGGCACGUGCUGGAGGGAGUGGUGGACUUCCUCACGGAGUUCCCCACGGAGACGGUGCUGAUGAGGGUGAAGGAGGAGUUCAGUGAGACGUACGGCAUCUACGGCGCCGUGGUGGACUACAUUCACCGCUUUGCCCACUGGGACCUGCUCUGGCACAGCCGCCUGGUGCCCACCGUGGGGGAGGCCAGGGGAAAACUCAUCAUCAUGCAAGACUUCCCUGGUCCAGACCUGGGCAUGCGCUAUGGCUCCAUGGACAUCGCAGACAACUGGAAGGUGCCCACUCUUCUUCAUGUGGAGGAGAAAUGGCAGAGCGUCUACAAACAUCUGGAAGCGGCUCCAGGAGGAGACAUGGCGCGGAUCUUCCUCACCUUCAGCAGCGGUGCGGGGGUCUUCGCGUUCCCUCGGGCCGUGGCUCAGCGCGUCCACCCGCAGCUCUACGACUACCUCCGCUCCAAGAGUGACGUGAGCCUCCGCCUGGGCAUCAUCUGCAUGGACUUCCCCGCUGCCCCCAUGAUCCAGAUGAUCAUUGAUUUUCAGCUGCGGAGAGAGUUCAGGCCCGUCCCGACUGUGGCCACUCUGAAAAGCACCAUCGAAAACAUCAGGCAUAAGAUCAUCAGCCAAAACAUUGCUUGA